AUGGUGACUGCCGGGCUGGCGUACCCGGCUCAGGCCCAGGUCCCCAGAACGCGGGCGUUCGUGGGCGGGGGCCCAUUUCUGGCCGCCCGUGGGAAGAGUGAGGAAGGGGUCAGCGCGUGCGAAGCCCCGGCCUCGGCAGAGCUGGGGGUCCGACUGCCGUCUGCCGCGAGCAGCCGGGGCGGCGGGGUAGGGAACGAGGACACGGGGUGGGUUGGCGCUGUGCGGGCGGCCCGUCAGCGACUGCCCGGGGAGGAUGGGCUUGGGGCGCGGGGGAGACGGCUGCGAAGGACACAGAACGGUGGUACUGGUGUCCCGUGGCCGCGCGUGUGGCUGGAGCAAGACAGGAGGAAAGACUCUCCGUCGGCCUUCUGCCUGCAGGUCUGGACGCGCUGCGGCGAGGCGCUGGGCCAUGUGACCUUUGAGGAUGUGGCCGUGUACUUCUCCCAGGAGGAGUGGGGGCUCCUUGAUGAGGCUCAGAGAUGCCUGUACCACACUGUGAUGCUGGAGACCUUGGUGCUUAUAGCGUCCCUGGACCAGAACCAGAAGCAGGACUGUGGCAAGGAGGACCUUGGAAGGGAGGACCACAGGGCUUUGUUCAUGAAGAGCAAAAUCCUCGUGUCAGACAAUAUUGUCACCUGUGGGGAAGUUGAGGAUGGUUCCCUGGGCAGCCUGGGCUCUCUCCAGCACCGGGCCAUCCCCAGUGAAGAUCAUCCACACAGUGGCAGGUGGAGCAAGGCAGUUUCUCACAUUCCGCGAGGGCAGCACAGCACGGGUGGGCAGGCCUGCCACAAAAAGGUUAAAUUCAAGGAGCGGCAGAGUGCUCAUACUGGAGAAAGCCUUCACAAAUGUAGUCAGUGUGAAAAAUCCUUCAUCUCCAAGAAGAGACUUCUUGAGCACCAGAGAAUCCACACUGGAGAAAGACUUUAUAAGUGCAGUGAGUGUGAGACGUCCUUUGUCUACAAAAGCAGACUUCUUGAGCACCAGAGAGUCCACACUGGAGGAAAGCCUCAUGAGUGUAGCAAAUGUGGGAAGUUCUUUAAGUACAAAUCUAGCCUUAAUCAACAUUGGAAAGUUCACACUGGAGAAAGGCCUCAUCAGUGCAGUGAAUGUGGGAAAUCCUUCCCCUAUAAAAGCAGACUUCUUGAGCACCAGAGAAUCCACACUAGAGAAAGGCCUUACAAGUGCAGUGUAUGUGGGAAGUCCUUCAUCUAUAAAAAGAGACUUCUUGAACACUGGAGAAUCCACACUGGAGACAGGCUUUACAAGUGCAGUGAGUGUGGGAAGUCUUUCUUCUACAAAAGAAUACUUCUAAGGCACCAGAGAAUCCACACUGGUGGAAAGCCUUAUGAGUGUAACGAAUGUGGGAAAGUCUUUAGAUACAGACCUAGUCUUCUUCAUCACUGGAAAAUUCACACUAGAGAAAGGCCUUACAAGUGCAGUGAAUGUGGGAAGUCCUUCAUCCAUAAUAGGAGACUUCUUGAGCACCAGAGAAUCCACACUGGAGACAGUCCUUAUAAGUGCAGUGAGUGUGAGAAGUCCUUUGUCUACAAAAGCAGACUUUUUGAGCACCAGAGAGUCCACACUGGAGAAAAGCCUUUUGAAUGCAGCCAGUGUGGGAAGUUCUUCAGACACAGCUCCACCCUCCUUAAACAACAGAAGAGAGUCCACACUGGAGAAAAGUUUUAAGAAUGCAGCAAGUGUGGGAAAAAGGGUUUGAAUUCAAUGAGCACCAGAAACUCUGGAGAAAAGCCAUAUGAAUGUAAUGAAUGUGGGAAAUUCUUUAGACACAAGGACAGGCUUACUCGGUACCACAAAGUCCACACUGGAGAAAAGCAUUUCUGUGCAGCAAAUGUGGAAAAGUACGAUGGCGGCGGCCGCGCCCAGGGACUCAGCUGA